AUGGAGGGCCCACCCCAGCCCACUGAGACCUCGCCUGUAACCGACACCUCGACCGCUGUCCAGAUCUUCUCCAACUUCAUGGUCAUGGCCUUGGGGCUCCUUUUGGCAUGUGUCCCCUUCCCCCAUCACUUCAGCUCACCUAUUGUCACCCUGGUGAAGUCUGGCUUCCCAUUCUUUUUCGUCUCUGGAUUGCUGUCUGUCAUCAUGGAAAAAAGAGCAAGUAAGCAUUUGGCCUGGGCCAGCCUGGCCACCAACCUCCUGAGCCUCAUCACCGCUUCUGUGGGCUGUAUACUCGUCGCCUGCCUCAUGGCCCAGGUGCUCACCGCCUGGAAACAGUGUGAGCUGGACGUGGUGUCUGGACAGUUAUUCCAGGGCAGCUACGCCAACUCAGGAGACAAGGCCUUUAAGUGCAACUUCGCCAGCUCCACUUUGCUGGGGCUGCUGUCUGACAUGCUCCUCUUCACGGUGGUGGAAUUCUGCGUUGCUAUCCUGACUUCCGUCCUCUGGUGGAGACAGGCCCGUUCAGGCGUCCCCGGGGUUGUGCGCUUCCUGGCUCAGAGGAACACGAUGGCCACCAACGCGCUCCCGAAGGCGUUCGCUGCUCCUGAUCCUGGGGUUGAUGAGCUGGUGGCCUCUAAGGAGAGAGAAUGACAGAGAGACAGACGGAGACAGACAGAGACAGAGGGAGACAGAGAGUGAAAGAGAGCUAUCUAUCUAUCUAUCUAUCUAUCUAUCUAUCUAUCUAUGUAAAUAGAGUCACUUUUAAAAUGGAGCUGCUGUCCCAGGGUUGCUGCCUGGGACGUCUUACACCUUGAACCUUUAAAAUGUCCAGAGCAAAACCACCCCUGCACUGGGCCUAAAGCAACCUUGUGCCCCAAAGACCUGUCCACAAAGAUAACAUGCAAGUAGAUAUCAUGACUACCAGACUGAUGACUACCGCACUGAAAAUAUAAACAUUGCUUAGAAUUAG